CGCGAUAUUUUGGCUGAGCUCCGUUCGCCAGAAGAGGCGCUUGUUGAAGGAACAACAUCAAAAUACAUAGGCUUCUGAAAAAUUCCAUUUUAUAAAUGUCGAAGAUGGGAAGAUAAUACAAAAUUAUUUGGAUCAGCUGAAUAGACCUCACGCUGGUUUUGAAGAGGCUCGUGACAAACAUCUCUUGAUUAUCAUAGUAUGACCCAGUACCCUCCACAGACUAGUCGCUCUAACUUCUACGCUGUUGUGAAAGCAGAAGCCUCUUCAACACCUCCUCUCUCCACAAACAUGGCCAACAGCACCGUCGUCCCCGGCAAAGUUCCAGGCGCCCCUGGACCUGCAGGAAGACUGAGUCCUGAAGGCACUCAGGUGCUCAGCAAGAAGAAGCUGCAGGACCUUGUGCGUGAAAUUGACCCCAAUGAGCAGCUCGAUGAGGAUGUGGAGGAGAUGCUCUUGCAGAUUGCUGAUGAUUUCAUUGAGAGCGUGGUGACUGCUGCAUGCCAACUUGCACGACACAGGAAGUCAAAUACUCUUGAAGUGAAAGAUGUCCAGCUACACCUUGAACGACAGUGGAACAUGUGGAUUCCUGGUUUUGGCUCGGAUGAGAUCCGACCGUAUAAGAAAGCUUGCACCACAGAAGCCCACAAACAGAGAAUGGCACUGAUCCGCAAAACAACCAAAAAGUAGCUAGAUCGGAAGUACCAACAAACAUUUUUUUCCCCUGGAAGUUUUGGAAGUGGAUAGGGUUUGAACCUAUACAUGUUAUGUUAAUCAAAGCGGAAGAGUGCGUUGUACUAUUUGCAGUACACCUCUUUUGACAUUUCCCAUUCAAAAGGUGUGCAGGAAUUGAUGUCAUUUAUCUGUACAGUUCACUUUGUGUUAAAUCACCAUGUGAGCAUUUUGUUUGAGCACCUUGGUGCUAUACUGGGGUUUUAUUAUAUGAUAGAAUCUCACAGAUCUCUGUAAAAAAAAAAAAAAAACUCACUCACAAACUACAUUUUUAUUCAUAUUACACGUUUAGUUGACCCAACAUGCAGUCGCACAACUUCUGCUCAGCUGGCAUUAGUAGCUAUGCACAAUUACAAUCACAAUGUCUGAUUUGUUUAUAAUGUUCGAUGUUAUAGAACUCGUCACUUAAGUAAUAUUAAGUACUAUAGAGAAAUCCUCAGUGUGUGACUUUCUAAAGGUAAACCGUCAUUUUUACCAGAGAAAUAAAUACCACUUCCCCAUGUUAUUAAUUGCAUUGGAACUAGUGACAUAAUGCAGAUGUUAAUUGUUAGAGGGGGUUAUAUAUGUGACGUGGGAAAUGGUGCAUAAACCCCACUUGCUGUGGGCAGAUUUAAAAAAAAAAAAAAAAAAAAA